ACUUUUUUUAAAUAAACUAAAAGUAAAAUGUUAAAACUUAAUAGAAACAUAAAACUUAUUUAACCUUUAUUUAUUCGUUUAUAAAGAAAAGAAGCAUAUUAUAAAUAUAAAAAAAUAUCAUUCUUCAAUCAUAACCAAUUAACGCAACAAAUAAUUGCAUUUAAUGCAGCUAUUUAUUUAUCAUUUUAUCCUAAGUCAAAAAAGUUCACAAACAAUUGGUUAUUAUAUUUUUCUUCAUAUAUUUUAUUCUUUGUAAUGAAUCAAAUUUUUAUAUUUCAUUCUUACUUUCUGAAUUAGUAAUUAAUUUUAUUUUUAUAUUUUAUUAUUGUCUUAGUAGUCAAUUAUACUUUUCUUAACUACCGGUUGUUGAAUCAAUCUUCACCAUUCAAACAUACCUUUAUUUCACUCACUGCCACCCUCUCCAAACAAACCAACCUUUGAAACUUUUCCAAAACCACUCACUACUUUCAUAGUUUCAUUUCCAAAGUCUCAAUCUUUAUAUAGUUUCUCCAAAACCCCAUAUGCCAUAUUCUCUCUCUUAAUCCCUUAUUUUAUUUUUCUUCCAACUUUGUAUUACACCAUUGGAGAAAAAAGUUCCAAACUUUAAUUUUACAAUUCAUAUCUUCACAAUUCAAUCUUGUAAUUCAUUUUAAAAUUUCUUUUUGAACUCUUGAGACUUCUAUUCAUUGCAAUCUUUCUUUGAUUUUGAAUAAACUAAAUUGACUUAUUUUUGCUUCUAACUUUUUGAGUUUUGAUAAUCCAUUUAAGCCCUCUAUUGUUCUAUUCAUUUUCUCAUUAUAAAAAAAAAAAAUAUUUGUUUUUAGUGGUUUUUUCCAUUUUAAAAUUUUGGGUGUGAAUUUUUUUCUCUCUCUCUUUUUUAGUUGAAUGAAAUGGUUGUUGAAUUUUGUUCAGAAAAUUUUGGUGUUACCAUGAGUCCAAGAAUUUCAUUCUCACAUGAUUUCUCUCAAGGUGUAAUACCAAUUGAAGGACACCCUUUAAGGUCAAAUUCAUCUAGUUUGAAUUCAAGCAAUAUUGAUUUUGAUUUUUGUGUUAACGAAGAUUCAGAACUUCAAUCAUCUUCAGCUGAUGAGCUUUUCUCACAUGGAAUUAUUCUUCCAACCGAAAUCAAGAAAAACAAAAACAAUAAUAAUGUUUCUUUCACUACGGCAGAAAAGACUUUUCACAACGGUCAAAAACCACUUUUUACAACGGUUUCGCCGCCAAUUAAACCACAACCUCAACACUUUCCAUUACCGCCACUUUAUGUCAAUGGUUCAGCAACCAAAAAGCACACCAAGAAAAUGAUCACAAAAGAUUUCAAAGAAUUGAACAAUAUUGAUGAAGUGGAUGAAAAGCAUAGUUCAAAUUCUAAGUCCUUUUGGGGAUUUAAGAGAAGUAGUAGUUGUGGAAGUGGAUAUGGUUCUAGUUUAUGUCCUUUACCACUUCUUUCUAGAAGCAAUUCAACUGGCUCUUCAACAAGUCUUAAGAGGAUGCAAAUAUCAAAAGAAGGUUCUAAUGUUAAGCAAAAUUCACAAAAAAAUUCUUCUACUAAGAAGUCUUCUAAUUCUUUUGGUCAAAACAAUCAUCAAAAGCCACCUUUGAAGAGAAGUCAUGGAGCUUAUGCUAAUAAUGUUAGAGUUAGUCAUGUUUUGAAUGUUCCUUCUGGAAAUUUUUUUGGUUUUGGUUCAAUCUUCUCCAACAAUAGAGAUAAGAGUAACAAGAAAUAAGUUUACUAACUUGCAAAAUAAAAUAGUUUUUUUUUAAUCUAAUCUUUUUACUAAUGUACAAAUUGGUGGGGUCUUUUUUUAUUUUUAUGUUUCUAUGGUUUGCCUUGUGAUAAGGCAAAUUAGGUGUACCUUGUAUAAGUUAAAGGUGUGAGAGGUAAAUUGUUUUCAUCAAGAAGACAAAGUGAUAAGAAAAAGAUGUUUGUGUGAAUGGGAUGGACAAAUAAUGAUAUAUAUAAUUCAAGCACAUGAUUUGGGGGCACAAAAUGUCAGGUAAAUGUUGCUUUCAUGGUUGUCCCUUGUUAUUGUUUUUUACUUCUUUGGUCAUACAAAGUGUAAUUACAUUUAUUUUGAUAUGUGAUUUUCCCUCUUAAAAGAAGUUUGUAGAGUUAUAAUUGAGAAGUGUUUUCUUUUCGGUUGUUA